AUGGUCUACCCUCAUUGUAUUCCUGAGAGGUUCUUAGCUUUGCAGGCAUGUAUGCACUGGCUCGUGCUUAUGGAUGACGUUUUCGCCUCUCCUACGAUACAGAAUCAUACUGCAGCGCGGAUGGCACAGGCAAACCGUCUGAAUGCCAUUAUUGACGGUAUUCCCAUCCCGUCAACACCGACUGAAAGGGUUCUCAACGAAGGGUUGAAGCUUUUUGCAGAGCACCAGCCAACCAGUGUCCUAAAUCGCAUGGCUGAGGACCUGAAAGCCGUCUUGAAGAAUUGUGCCAAUGAGAACACAGACGGUGUCGGGAAGUUCACUGAUCUUGAAUCUUAUGAUUCAUGA